AUUAAUAGUUUUAUUUAAGUUAUUUUUUGUAAAAAAUAGAUAUAUACAUAUAUGAUAAAUAUCGAUUAAAUUUGAUGGAGUUGGGUAUGUCAUGUCUUUUUGUGAUCCUAAAUAUCCGAAUCUGAUCCGGAUCCGAAAAAUUACGGAUAUUUUAUGGAUAUUUUAAUUAUAGACCUGAACAAACCCAGACUCAAGAAGAACCGACUCGUACCCGAACCGAAAAUUUUUAAGUACCUAUUAAAUCUAAAUGUUUAGAAUCCGAAAGACCCGGAUCCGAAAGCCGGCCCGAACCUGAUCCGAAGACUUGAACGCUGAUGCCUAAUUUCUGAAAUGAAUCAAAUUAAAAUAUUUGACAAAAAAAAAGAAACAAAUUAAAAUAUUUAAAUUCUUAAUAUUAAGAACCGAAGUGACCCGAAAAAAAAUCAAAUCCAAAACUUUCAAAAGUGUCUAACCAACAAAUGACCCGAAAUCGAUCGGGUUUUUACCAAACCAACCAAAUCAAAUAGCAUACUAAACCAGUGGACAUUGCCGGUUUUCCGGUUAGACAUAACCGGUUCAUUGAAUUAAAAGCCCCAAUCUUCUCAUCGUCGUCCUCGACGUCUCCUCUCUCCCGCCGCUGCUGUACUGCUGUACAUUUCCAGGCUCGAAUCUUAAAUCCACUCGUCGUCGAGGUUCCACUUGACUUGAGAUUGUUGUUAACUUGGGUGAAGAAGAAAAGCCAAUCAAAUUUUGAAACGGUGCUUCCGAUGCAGAUCGCAUGCCUCCCAAUUCCGAUUUCAUCAAUCACUCCCCGAACCUCAAUUCCAGCUUCACCAGUAUCCUCAAACCAUCGCUACAUUUUCAACCCCGCUUCGUUUCAGAACCCAAAACACUCUUUCUUCACCCUCUCUCUCAAAAGAUCACAUAGAUCACGAACUGGUUUCAAAGCUCCUGUCUUGGCUGCCAUGAGAAGCGAAGAAGCUAUUGAUGAUGCGUUUUAUAUGAGGAGAUGCGUGGAACUGGCGAAGAGAGCAACUGGGUGCACUAGUCCUAAUCCUCUGGUUGGUUGUGUCAUUGUCAAAGACGGCAAGAUUGUUGGGGAAGGGUUUCAUCCCAAAGCUGGUCAGCCUCAUGCCGAGGUGUUUGCUCUUCGAGAUGCUGGAGACUUAGCUGAGAAUGCCACUGCUUACGUUAGCUUAGAACCCUGUAAUCACUAUGGGAGAACGCCGCCUUGCACAGAAGCAUUGAUCAAAGCCAAGGUGAAAAGAGUUGUAGUUGGGAUGGUUGAUCCGAAUCCAAUCGUUUCUUCUUCGGGUAUCACUCGUUUGACAGAUGCUGGGAUUGAUGUCACUGUUGGUGUUGAAGAAGACUUGUGCAAGAAGAUGAAUGAAGGAUUCAUCCAUCGAAUGUUAACAGGAAAGCCGUUUCUCGCUCUCAGGUAUUCUAUGUCUGUCAAUGGUUGUUUUCUGGACAAGAUCGGUGAAGGAGCUUCCGAUACUGGUGGAUACUACUCAAAGCUAUUGCAAGAAUACGACGCAGUAAUACUUUCUUCCUCGUUAUCUGAUAAACUCUCGAGCAUUUCCUCACAAGAAGAAGCUAAUGUUUCGAUCCAGCCUAUUCAAAUCAUAGUAGCUAGCAACGCACAACAGUCUCCUAUACUUGCUUCUUCCAACAUGGUGGAAGAUUCGGCUCUAAAAGUUGUAGUCUUCACCAAAGAGGACAUGGUUGCAGAGUCCGGGGUCGAAACAGUUGUAUUAGAAAGUAUAAACUUGGCUUCCAUCUUGGAUUACUGUUAUCGCCGUGGACUUUGCAGUGUCUUGUUGGAUUUGAGGGGAGACAUCAAAGACCUUGAAGUGCUUCUUAGAGAUGGAUUUGAGCAGAAGCUGUUGCAGAAGAUAGUGGUUGAGGUUUUGCCUGAAUGGUGCGUGAAAGAUGAUGAGAGACAGGUAACGUUGUCGAUGGACUGGUUAGAGUCAAAAGCUGUGGAAGAUCUGCAGCCUAAGCAACUAGGUGGAAGCGUUUUGCUGGAGUGUUAUCUUUGAAGUUUUGAUGCUUGAAUGUGUAAGUUGUUGAGCUUCAUUUUUUUGAAACCUUUUGUGUUAUUAACUGGAUUAAUAAAAUAUUUUAAAAUAUUACUGUCAUUUUUGCUUAA